GGAUUUAAAAAUAUGGCGGCGCUGCUGUACAAUACUUUGCAGUAGAAGCUAGUUGUUUGUCAUGUUAUUUUUCUUUUUUAAGCCCACAACUAUUGCGAGGCAAUGAAUAUGAAGAAGUUGCAUCAUUAAGUUAUCAAAGUAACUAUGUCUCAUAGGGAAGAGCAAUAUGUAGGGCCGUACAGGCUGGAAAAAACGCUGGGAAAAGGUCAAACAGGUCUCGUUAAGCUUGGAGUGCACUGUGUAACAGGAAGAAAAGUGGCUAUAAAAAUCGUUAACAGGGAAAAAUUAAGCGAAUCCGUGCUUCUCAAAGUUGAGAGGGAAAUAGCUAUUAUGAAAUUAAUCGAGCAUCCACAUGUUCUAGGUUUACAUGACGUUUACGAAAAUAAAAAAUAUCUCUAUUUGGUGCUAGAACACGUGUCCGGUGGUGAAUUAUUCGAUUACCUUGUGAAAAAGGGCCGACUAACUCCUAAAGAGGCUAGAAAAUUCUUUCGCCAAAUUGUAUCCGCCUUAGACUUUUGUCAUAGCCAUUCAAUUUGCCAUCGUGACCUGAAGCCUGAAAAUUUGCUGUUAGACGAUAAGAGUAAUAUCCGUGUUGCGGAUUUCGGAAUGGCUUCUUUGCAAGUAGAAGGGUCUAUGCUGGAGACUAGUUGUGGAUCACCUCAUUACGCUUGCCCAGAAGUCAUCAGGGGUGAAAAGUACGAUGGUCGAAAGGCGGAUGUCUGGAGUUGUGGAGUGAUUUUGUAUGCAUUGCUUGUGGGUGCCUUACCGUUCGACGAUGACAAUCUUCGGCAAUUACUAGAAAAAGUAAAGCGCGGUACAUUCCAUAUUCCUCACUUUGUUCCUCCGGAUUGUCAAGGUCUUCUGCGUGGUAUGAUAGAAAUCGACCCAAAUAAGCGAUUAACACUAGAACAGAUUCAUCGGCAUCCUUGGGUGACUGUCGGCAGCAAAGAGGAAAUCGAACUUGAGCUGCCCAUGAAGGAGGUUGUUCAGACUUCUAUUAUACCAUGCACGGAAUCAAUCGAUCCGGACGUUUUGGGUACUAUGAAUUCAUUACAAUGUUUCCGAGAUAGGGAUAAACUUGUUGGUGAAUUAUUGAGUAUAAAACAUAACACAGAAAAAGUAGUUUACUUUCUAUUAUUGGAUCGAAAAUUGAGAAAUCCAUGUUUUGAGGAUACUGAGGAUAUUAAAGUGAAGAGCGAAAACUCAGAUCCCCCUAGAAAACGAAUCGAUUCUAUUCAACUGAACGGACAACAGCAUCGGCUAUCUUUGGGAAAUAUUAGUGAGGGUUCACCAGUCGCUUCUCGACGCGCUUUGGCCGUUCAGCAAGCCCGUAAAAAUUCAGUUUCGGGAACUACUCCAAACUCUUCUCCCAUGAACUCCCCGAAGCCUCCACACCGUACUUCGGGAAUGUCUGAAUUUUCUUCGACGUCUUCACUACAAACUCCGCCAGGCUCGCCUUCAUCGACAAACACUCCUUGGCGCAAUAGAUUACACACUAUAAAGAAUUCAUUAAUCGGUUCACCACGCUUCCACCGUCGUAAGUUACAGAUUCCAACUCAAGAAGAUUUGGGCAUGACUGCAGAGAAUUCAGCUGAGUUAACAAAACGAUCUUGGUUCGGAAGUUUGAUGGGUAAUAGUAAUGAACGGGAAGAGCAGCAUGUCGUUAUGAUUAAGAAUAAGACCCUGAGUCAGAUAAAGGCCGAUUUAGUGCACGCCUUCUUAUCUACCCCCGAUCUAAGUCACAGUGUCUUAUCGCCUACAUCUUUCCGAGCGGAGUAUAGGAGAAGUGGUGGUACAUCAAUGUUUACUCGUAAUGUUAAAUUUCAAGUAGAUGUGUCAAGCUCCUCGUCUGCCAGCAGUGCAAGCGUUCAGAUGCAAGAGAAUCCUUCAUCUCAACAGCAGUUACACUGUGUUACAUUUACACUUCUUUCUGGACCUAGUCGACGAUUUAAGAGGGUUUGUGAGCUAAUUCAAUCGUUACUCUGGUCUAAUCGGGCCGCUACGUUAUUGGCUGGACGUCGAAUUAGUAAUGAUGUAAGUGACGCUAGCUCUUCUUCUUCUUCUAUCGACCGUGUAUCCCCGACGCCUCUACACGAUCAGGGACUGCUGGAAAGGAGAGCAUCAGAAAGGCGUGUAAGUGAGCAUGUCCUGCUCAAUGGUAGGAAACCAUCAGCUGAAAGUAUGCAGAGUUUGCAUAAAGAUAAGGCCUAA